AUGUUCUCCCCCUCCCUCAGCGGGCACGGCCAGCCCUCCGCGGCGGCGAGUCCCGUCAGGCCGGGACGCGGCGCACGAAGCUGCUCAACGCUGCCCUGCAGUGAAGAAGUUGUCCCCUGCGCCGUGCACGUCCCCGACUGCGUUGGUGAGUGUGUGGCCCCGUUCCACCGCCGUCCGCACCGCCAUUUCCCUCCCUUCAGCCGCAGGAAACCCCAAGACGUGGCUCCACUUCGCGUUGAGCACAAACUCGCACACUCCCCUCCACCGUGCGGUCAAGGGCUCACUGUGGCCGCGGCGGUGCCUCCUCCGCCCUUCCGCGCUGCGCUGCGGGCUGCCGAGUGCCGCCGGCGGGCCCCAACCUCCACCGACGCCGUCCCUGCAGCGCAGCACAUGCAAAGCGCCCCGCAGCAGCGCUAA